AUGGAGGGCCUUUUCUUCAAUGUUAACAAUGGCUACAUUGAGGGCAUCGUUAGAGGAUAUCGAAACGGUCUUUUGACGGGCCAGAAUUAUUCCAACUUAACACAAUGCGAGACGAUCGACGAUCUCAAGCUUCAACUGGGCCCAGCUUAUGGCGACUUCCUCGCAUCCCUUCCUCCGAAUCCAUCUACUUCUACCCUCGCUGCAAAGGCAACCGACAAGCUGAUAUCAGAGUUCCGAUAUAUCCAAGCAAAUGCCGUCGGUUCUCUUGCGAAAUUUAUGGAGUACUUGACAUACGGCUAUAUGAUUGAUAACGUGGCGCUGCUUAUUACUGGUACGUUACAUGAGCGGGAUACCAGGGAGCUACUGGAGAGGUGCCAUCCUUUGGGAUGGUUCGAGACUAUGCCGGUCCUCUGCGUUGCCACAAACAUCGAGGAGUUAUACAAUAGCGUCUUGAUUGAAACCCCACUUGCGGCAUACUUUAAGGGAAGCUUGAGUCACCAAGAUCUCGAUGAGCUUAAUAUCGAGAUUAUCCGAAACACCUUAUAUAAGAACUACCUCGAAGACUUCUAUCAGUUCGUCAACUCCGACCCAGAUAUGGCUGGUACCCCCACUGCGGAAGUUAUGACAGAAAUUCUGGAAUUUGAGGCGGACCGAAGAGCGAUCAACAUCACUUUGAACUCCUUUGGAACCGAGCUAUCAAAAGGGUCACGGAAGAAGUUGUACCCAAGUUUUGGGAGAUUAUACCCGGAAGGUUCGUUGAUGCUGUCUAGAGCAGAUGAUAUUGAGGGCGUCCGGUUGGCGGUGGAAGGCGUUAGUGAUUACAAGACGUACUUUGAUGCAGCAGGUAUGGGCCAGAGCAGCACUGGGGCUGGCAACAUGAGUGGAGGCGCUGGUAACGAAGGGAAAGGCCUAGAAGAUAUGUUCUACCAAAAGGAGAUGGAGAUCUCGAAGAGCGCCUUCACCCAGCAAUUUACAUACGCUAUUGUCUAUGCGUGGGUAAAGCUACGGGAACAGGAAAUCCGGAAUAUAACGUGGAUUGCGGAAUGCAUAGCCCAAAACCAGAAGGAUAGAAUUGGCAAUUACAUUAGUGUAUUCUGA